GUUUGGAGGGAGGGGUCAACAGCACUGUGACACGGGGAAGGAAGGAAACAGACUGUAGAGAAUGAGAGUGACUGUCAACACUGACGUCUCGUGUUUUUGUCUUUACCUCCUGACUGAAAUAAUCACUACUGCGAAAUCUCUUCAGUCCUCUCAACAGUGUAGCAGCGGGUGGUUAUGGAGCUGCCUGCAGCAUUCCUGUCUGAAGACCAGUUCACCUGCUCCAUCUGUCUGGAGGUGUUCAAUAAUCCGGUAUCAACACCAUGUGGUCACAGCUUCUGCCAGGCAUGCAUCUCCUUUUACUGGGCAGGAGUGGCAUCGGUGCGAGGAGCUGCAAAGAUCUACCAGUGUCCACUCUGUAAGGAGUCCUUCCGCAAGCGCCCGGAGCUUCAGAUCAACCGAACCCUGAAGGAAAUCACUGAACGAUUCAAGGAGAUUGCCAAUUCUGGAAUGGAUGAAAGAGGCAGAGAAGGACUGGAGGACACCAACUCUCAUCCUAACCAUCAUCAUCUCCCGGCCACAAGGUCAGGAGAGAUGCCAGAGGGCAUCAUUGCUGAGAUGAUGACCCGUUUCCAACAGCUGCCGACCCAUCCCAGUGACCUUCACGACCAGAGCCCCAACAGAGUCAGCUCUCACAUGGCCACCAGGGCUCAGAGCACAGAGCAGCUUGACUCACCUCCACCCUAUUCAUCUCUCCGCAGGUACACUCUGAGUGGUCCAAUUGAUUCCUCGCCCAGUCUGCCUCUGUGUCCCCUCCACCUGAGAGCUCUCGAGUUCUUCUGUCGCACUGACAACGUGUGUGUGUGCAACAUGUGUGCAGAGGCAGCAGAGCACAGAGGACACACAAUCCGCCCCGCCAAGAGGGAGUGGCACAUCAAGAAGGCACAGUUAGGAGUUGAAGAGGGGGAGCUGAAGGAUCUGAUCUGCGAGAGAGAGAGGAAGCUGGAGGAAGUACAGAGCUCCUUACGAGAGAUGCAUGCUGCUGCUGAGAGAGAGACCGAUGGGGCUGUGUGUGUGUUCUCCAAAGUUAUCUCCUGUGUGGAGCGCUGCCAAGCUGAAGUCCUGGAGGUGAUAGAGAUGAGUCAUCGAGCGGCCGAGCACAGAGCUCAAAGUGUGGUGCGAGAGCUAGAGGAGGAGAUCGCUGAGCUGAAGAGGAGGAGCACAGCACUGAGCCAGCUAGCUAUAUCUGAAGACUACGUCGACUUUCUAACGACCUUCACUGGCCUUUCCACCCCCACUCCAGCUAAGGACUGGUCCAGUGUCUCUGUGUCGUCUGAGCUGACCUCAGGUCUGAUUCUACGGAACCUCAGUCUAACGAUGGAGCACUUUCAGGAAGAGAUGCGCAAACUGCCAGAAGUCUUCAUUCAGACCCAGAGAGAAACUGGCCAGCGAUCGUCUUUGGACCAAUCUGUACCCAGACCAAAUCCAAAGAUAAGGAGGGUUCAGGAAUAUGCAGCUGACAUCACUUUAGACCAAAACACAGCCCAUCCACGUCUCAUCAUCUCAGUAGAUGGAAAGCAGGUGCACUGUGGUGACCGCCAUCAGCCGGUUCUGGACUAUCCUGAGCGCUUCGACCGGGUGGUGUGUUUGCUGGCCCGCCAGGGCUUCAGCUCAGGACGACAUUACUGGGAGGUGGAGGUUGGAGGAAAGACAGACUGGGACCUGGGAGUGGCAAGCCGGUCUGUCAAUCGGAAGGGCAAAAUCACCGUAAGCCCCGCCCAUGGUUAUUGGUUCCUCAGCCUGCGGGAUCGGGCAGACUAUGCCUUUCGAACGGAACCCUCAACCAACCUCACUGUCAACCUCAGACCUUCACGGAUUGGAAUCUAUGUGGACUGUGACAAGGGACUGGUGUCCUUCUACAAUGUGGAGGCCAGAGUGCUCAUCUAUACCUUCACAGAUAGUUUUCCUGACACCAUCCACCCAUUCUUCAGCCCCUGUACUAACAAGUCAGGAAGAAAUGAGGGUCCACUAAUCAUUCGCCCUGUUGCAAUGACAGAAUGAAAUAAGUCGACAUUUUAAGGAAAUCUUUACAAAUGAGGAAUUAUUUAACAGACAAACACCUGGAACACAAUCCAAGCUUCACCUAAUUCCUUCAUGGCAAUAGAGCAAUGAACAGACUGUUGAUGUUGAUAAGGGCUUUCCUCAUUUUGGGCCAAUGUGAACUCUCAAGACUGAAGUCAGCAGUGGUCAAUAUCACUGAAACAAAGAAAGACUAAACUGUCUGUGAUUCAAAUUACCCACCUAAAAUGCCUGAACUUAGGUUCAAAGCACAGCAUAUGUUGGCAUGUUAACAGGGAUGUGCUGUGAGAAAUGUAUACUAAUGUAGCUGAGGAUAAUUCAUCAAAUAUGCCAUAAAGUGUUUUCAGCCCUCUUCAGGCUUCCAUUGAGCAUCGUGCUACAUUUCUGGCUGAGCUGGUUUAAAGUAUGCACUUCAUUUAAAAGUCAUAAAAACAAUUUAUUGAUUAGACCUGACACAUGUGAAUGUGUGUCGUCCUCCCUUGUUAAUGAAAUUAUGUCACAUGCAUAAAAGUAGAAGUUCAAGGCUCUGGGAAACCUCAUGAGUCAAACGUAGUGAAAAAAACGAUAAUUAACCUUUUUUGCAGGUUGAAGUUACCAGUCAGUUGUUUUUACGGAAGCCUCCUUUAUAAAGGCAAUCUAUGGGGGGGAGUUGCUGCUGUUGCUUGUUGCUUGUUGCAGUACUGCCUGUUGUAUAUGUCCAUUGCUGAUAAUCCUAUGUGUUAAUUUGCUGUUUGUAUAACAUUUAACAUGUUCCAAUACUAAAAGUGUCAGUUAUUGGUAAUUUAACCAGAUUAAUUCAAUUCUUAAAUUAUCUUUCUCUACUAAAGGUACUAUGUCGAUUUGUUUCUCUGCUGCUGAGCCUGGUUUCUUGCUGGAAGUAACUGGUAAAUAGUUUUGUAGAUACCAGUGGGUGCUGGUGAUGGUCACUGCUUCAGCUGUUGUUUAGUUUAUUAGACAAGAGGUUAUAUCUUCAGCACUACUUCUUGAAGCAGCUGCUAAAGACAGUAGAAGCAAAGAAUUGAUUGAAAUACAAGCAAAACACCAGGCUGAUGUUAUUGCUGACAGCCCUUGGUGAGUAAAAUGAUCAAGUUUGCUGCUAAUCUCUUUCUGCUAAAUCUUUUCAGGUGCUUGAUGUCUAACUUACUUCUCAGGAGUCGCUAUGCUGCUGUACCUUGAAUACAAUAAAUGUUAUUUUAAAACAUUAACUUAAACUUUAACGGGAUAUCAUUCGCUGUUCACGUUGUCAGAAUAUUGAAGGAAAAUCUAGUAGAUUUCAUUUACAGAAUGAUUGUCUUGUGAAAGACUUUUUAAGAGUGGAAUUCUUGAAAAACAUGUACUUCAUCAGAUCAUAAUGCCUGAUGUGUGUAAAUAAAUAAAUAAAAAAAACAUUGGAGGUGUU